CAGAAAGUAGUAAUUGUUUCGCUUCUAAAGAAAAGCACAAAUCAGAAAGCCAACUCGCUGUCAAGCAUACUUGGAAUAUUUUUGCAUUCAACACAUGCACCGGAGAAAGUCAUCAAAACAAUGGUGAAGAUGGGUCUCUCGAUAUCUGUCGAUGCAAUUCAUGAUACAGUCCGUUCGCUGUCUGCAGAAUCAAGUCAUGCACUACAAUAUCUUGGACAAACACUUCUAGCAGCAUAUGCAUAUGAUAAUUUCGACAUCAACCUGAAGUCCACCGUUCCGACUGCAGAAAAAUCUACCAACAGUCUGAAACAUCUGACAUCAGGCUUACUGUUUCCUCUACAACAUGGAGUCACUCGUGAUGACCUAAAAUGUUCCUAUGAACUGUGGCAAAAAUCAUGA